GCCCCGAGCGAGUUCGGGGCCCAUCCCGCCCCCUUCUAGUUGGGCGCUGGGUUGGGACUGACGAGGCUCCAAGUCCAGCCCAUGCAUGGGAAGCAAGUUAAGGAUUAAUAUGAAGCUCAGAAGCAGAUAGUGCCAGACAACGAGCAGUACUUGGUACACAUUUGGUUAGCGUGGCAGCAUUUCCUUCUCCCACUGCUGCUGAGAUGGCAGAAAUUAGUCGAAUUCAGUAUGAAAUGGAAUACACCGAAGGUAUUAGUCAGCGAAUGAGGGUUCCAGAAAAAUUAAAAGUCGCACCACCAAAUGCUGACAUGGAACAAAGAUUCCAAGAAGGAGUUCCAAAUGCUAGUGUGAUAAUGCAAGUUCCAGAGAGGAUUGUUGUAGCAGGAAAUAAUGGAGACGUUUCAUUUUCAAGACCAGCAGAUCUUGACCUUAUUCAGUCGACUCCUUUAAAACCUCUGGCACUAAAAACACCACCUCAUGUACUUACAAUAAGUGAGAGACCACUAGAUUUUCUGGACUUAGAACGACCUUCUCCAACCCCUCAAACAUUAUGGGUAUUUCAAAGUGAUGAAAUCCGUGCAGUUGGCAGGCUAAAAAGAGAGCGCUCUAUGAAUGAAAAUGCUGUUCGCCAAAGUGGACAGCUGGUCAGAAACGAUGCUAUAUCUGUGUAUGGUAUUUCAAAUGUAGAUGCAAGAAUUGAAGGAACAACAGAUGGCAUGACUGUUGUAGAUGCAGCUUCAUUAAGACGACAGAUAAUCAAACUAAAUAGAUGCCUACAACUUCUAGAAGAGGAAAAUAGAACGUGCUAA